GAAUUUACAAAUCGUACAAAUUAUGCUAUCAAGCUCGACAAGUGGCUCAAAAAAGUUUAAAGAAGCAUUAUAAUAGCUCACAUAAUGAAGUUAUUGAAGAAAUAACAAGUCAGUUGGUUGUAAUGAAUCAAGAGCAGCUUGUUACUAUUUGUUAUAUGUUAACUGAAUUUUCAAAUAAUAAAUCUGUAACUGAUGAAGAAUCAGAAAAACUUAAAGAACAGAAGUUAUCCAAUAACACUAUAACCAAAGAAGAAUAUUGGAGAAAUCAUUUAAUUGCUUUAAUUUAA